CUUUGUAUAUCUACUAAAUAUUCUCAUCAAUAGCUUAAACAACAUGCAACACGAAUGGAUAUUUAUAUGUUUGUAACAUCGUACUAAAUGGUGAUGGAUUAAUUGUAGCCAAAUAGUUUGAUUACCGCCUUUGUGGUGACCACAAUUAUAUAAGGAGGACAUGGUAAUAAUUAGUCUAAUCCUGAGAGUGGCUCUCAGCGUUUGCUGGGCUGUAUCUGCCAUAGCGGAUCAGUCUGUGUCAUGGCCAGCAGACCUGUUAGAAGAUAAAGAUUUUCGCAACAUGUUGCUCACCAGCGAUGGACAACACUUGAUUGUAUCGGGAAUGAAUGGUGUCUAUGAUCUAAAUACAACAGAUUUCCAACUUCUAAACCAAGUUGUAACUGGGCCAUUGGCUAACACUGAUGAUGUCAUUAAAAUUAUGAUAUACAAUAAAACAGAAACUAACAAUGAUGGUUUCAUUACCACGUGCAGUAGCUCGCGAAACUACUGUGAUAUUAGGGAAGUGAAUGAUAUUUCCAGGAGCGUUAAUCAAUUAGAUCUCCCGAUAAAGAUUGACGGAGCGGAGGCGUUUAUGGCAACUUAUAUAAAGACAUCUGGCAGAAAUCGAAGACAGGACUUUCUGUUUAUCGGAUGUCCCCAUGUUGAAGGUCAAGGGGAUCUAGGUGGUAGGUGCACAAAACCUGGUAUAUCAUGGUACUUGAAUAGCGGGGCUGGUAAAAGUCGUCCAUGGUAUGGAUUUAAAUCGUAUGAAGAGACACCAGUUCUGACGUUGAAGUAUGUUGAAGCCUUUAGCGUUGAUAACUACAGACUAUUUUUCAGUGUUCAAAUGGUCAAAGCCACAGGAAGGAGGAGAAGCCGCAUUGCUCAAGUGUGUCAGUAUUACGUUCCACAUUUUCAAACAUACUCGACACCACAAACAUAUGCUGAUAUGCCGAUACAAUGUGGACAGUUGAAGGAGAUUCGGGCAGUAAAGAAAGUCGUUGUAGAGACGGAAACUCUGUUUAUAACUGUGUUCUCUGGACCUAUGAAAUCGGCUGUUUGUAUUUACACAAUGGAGAAUAUAAAAAGCAUGUUUGUUGCGAAUAUAAAGGAGUGCUACAGGGGAGGCCGGGCACCAGCAAACCAGGAUUAUAUCAACUUCCAAACAUCUAAUGUUCCGUGUACACAACCAACGAAUGAUAACGCCACUUUCUAUAAGCCUGAGGAUUACUAUUUGUGCAACGAGGACAACCUGGCAUCAUUUCAUCAGGUUAUUGGCAGCAAGGUGCUGCACUCAGAGUCUGUCAUUCAGUUUGACACUCAGUUAACAGCUGUCACAGUUUCACAGAUAGAAACAAAAAUAGUUGCUUUCCUUGGUUCAACAUCUGGAGAAAUUUUGAAGGCUGUUGUUUACCCAAAGAAUUCAGCAGUUUCCAUCGUUCAACCUGAAAUAAGAAACGUAGGUUAUAUGAUCCAACAAGACAUGUACACAUCGCAUGAUGGAAAGCAUAUAUUUGCUCUGAGCCACGACAGUAUUGAUCAGUUUCUUAAUUUAUCAUAA